AUGGAUAAGAAAACGGCUUGUGCCCAUGUACCAGAACCAUCUGAAUUCGAAUAUACAACGAGAGAUGCUAUUAUUUAUGCUUUAGGAGUUGGUGCUCGUGCAAAAGAAGAUCUCUCCUAUGUCUAUGAGAAUGAUGAAGACUUCAAAGUUCUCCCAUCAUUCAUCGUUGCUCCAGGAUUCCAAGCUCAUACUUUGAUGGAUUGGCCAGGAGUUGAAUUCGAUUUACAAAAGGUUCUUCACGGAGAGCAAUACAUUGAAGUGUUGCAUCCACUUCCAGCCGAGGGAAAACUGAAAUCUGAAGCAAGAGUUGUAGAUAUUCUUGACAAAGGAUCAGGUGCAUUGAUUCUCGGAAAUGUCACAACUUUCGAUGAGAAUGGAAGAAAAGUCGCCAUUCAACAAUUCAGUACUUUCCAAACUGGGUCCGGAAACUUCGGUGGAGAUCGUACAUCUCCACAUGAAUUCAAGGCUGCUACAGUGCCAGAUCGUGCUCCAGAUGCUGUAAUUGAGCAGAAGACUUCUGUAGAUCAAGCAGCUCUAUACCGUCUUGGAUCAGGAGACAUGAAUCCUCUCCAUGUCGAUCCACAAUUUGCUAAAAUGUCAGGAUUCAAGACUCCAAUUCUUCAUGGAUUGUGUAGUCUGGGAUUCGCCACGAGACAUGUGAUUGCUGCCUGGGCAGGGAAUGAUUCUAAUAAGUUCAAGGCUAUCAAGGUCCGAUUCUCUUCUCCAGUUCUUCCUGGACAAACUUUGGUCACUGAAACCUGGAAAACUGGAAACCGAAUCGUAUUCCAAAUGAAAGUGAAGGAAACUGGAAAGGUUGUGAUUUCAAAUGCAUACGUCGACUUGUUGGAAGCAUCUGAACUGCCAACAGUUCCAGUUGAUCUUAUUGCAAAGUUGUAA